GGAUGGUGUUCUUGGGGUCAUAGGCAGCAUUCCUCCUCCUCCAAACACAGGAGUUGAGUUGAUGCCAAAGAGCUCCAUUUUGGUCUCAUCUGACCACAACACUUUCACCCAGUUGUCCUCUGAAUCAUUGACAAACUUCAGACGGGCAUGUAUAUGUGCUUUCUUGAGCAGAGGGAUCUUGCGGGCGCUGCAGGAUUUCAGUCCUUUACGGCGUACUGUGUUACCAACUGUUUUCUUGGUGUCUAUGGUCCCAGUUGCCUUGAGAUAAUUGACAAGAUUCUCCCGUGUAUUUCUGGGCGGAUUCCUCACCGUUCUCAUGAUCAUUGCAACUCCACGAGCAAUUGGAGAGUACAGCCAUGUCUUUAGCUGCAUGCAGUGAGGCAUGGGGCGUCUGCGAGAAUGCCGGCAAUUCACGGAGCAAGACCAGAGGUCGAGCCAUGCUGCCCACGUCUAGAGAGGUGGAGGUGAAUGUGAGUGUGCGCCACAUGUACCUGUACAGCCGCGAGGUGCGUGGGGUGGUGGCAUGUCUCCGCGCCGAGUGUGGGUCACUGUCCGUGCACGCAGUUGCCUUGGCCCACACUCAAGGUGAUCUGAACAAGGCCUUGGGACACGUUCGUAAUGAGAAACAGGCAAAUGUGCAAGCUUCUAGCAUGCGAUCGCGACGACCUACACGUGAGGUGCUCCUCCACCAGGGUCUCCUCCUCCUGCACCAACAGCUCCUCCACCAGGGUCUCCUCCUCCUGCACCAACAGCUCCUCCACCAGGGUCUCCUCCUCCUGCACCACCAGCUCCUCCACCAGGGUCUCCUCCUCCUGCACCAACAGCUCCUCCACCAGGGUCUCCUCCUCCUGCACCACCAGCUCCUCCACCAGGGUCUCCUCCUCCUGCACCAACAGCUCCUCCACCAGAGUCUCCUCUUCCUCCACAACAACCGUCAGCCAUUUAGAGGCCUGGGCGGCAGGGCUGGAACUCACAGAGGGACCUGGGUUUGAUGCCCAAACUUGGGCCACUUUCUCCGUGUGGAAUGUGGAGUGUGUUCUACCCCCCCCCCCCCGUUUUAUCCUGCAUUGGUUUCCAAAAUCAGAAUAAAUUAUUUAGACUGGAUGAAGAGGAAUCCGAUAAGCUAUGAAGCUCUUCUUUCACAGAUAUGCAGUCGAGGCACAGGGUCAGCAAGUUACAACAACAAACAAAAGAAAAUGAGUGCAAAGUGUAAAAAUGUAAGCAAGUCACAAAAUAACUGAGCAUAUAAGCACAAAGUACGUAAAAUCCUGCCAGUUUUUCAACACUAAAUACAAAUUUAUGGGUUGUUACGGGAAGAAAGGCGGACAAACACAAGGGUGUCUGGACCCACACACGGGUGUCUACAUCCACGUCCGCAUCGGUUAACCCUGGGGGGGCAUGGGGGCGUUGUGAUCCCCCAUAGCCCCACCCCUCGGAGAGGAUUCUUAUAAAAGGCGGGGAGCCAGAGGGCUCGAGGCCAGUGUGUUAGACGCUUACCAGAGAAGACUGAAGACCGGCAGAAUA